UUAAAGGUUAAUUUAUGGGCGGGAACACAGAGACCUGAGGGAUGGAUUCCUCCUUCUUCACUAAUCCUCAGAUUUGAUUUGUGUCAUGACAGUAAAUAAAAGAAGCAGAAGUUUAAAAUGACUAUUUAACAGCUGAGCGAUGUUUCCGGUCAGCUGUUUGGCGGUUUUCAACCGUUUUCUGUUUUUUCUCGUCCGGAUGUUCGGCAGGAAGGCGCUCGCGCGCAGCACCUCCUCCCGCCUUCAGGGAUUUCCCGUCUAUUUCAGGGUGCUCUCAUGCGCCUGCGUAAAUCCCAAAUAUGUCCGACGUGAUGACGUCAGCUGCUGCGCACCAGCGUCCACGCCCCCAAUCGUCCGUCUUACGGAGAACAGACAGACUCGGAACCAGAGGAAGAAGCAGCUGCCGGUACCCGCUCGUGCCGCUAACUUUCCCGCUCCGCUGGUUUUCCGAGAAGCUUGUCAAAGACCGGACACACCGGAGGACGCUGUCACAGCGGCGCCGUGGUUCAGCUCAGGGCUUCGCUGCUGGUAUCUGAGGCCCCCCCCCCCAAUGGAGAGCCUGCACCCCCACUGCCUGAAGUGCAUCAACAGGAGGUGCAUGGUCAGACCCGACCCCGGGCUGUCCUGCGACCUGAUGGGCUGCCCCCUGGUCUGCGGGGCGGUCUUCCACUCCUGCAAGCUGGAGGAGCACCGGCUGCUCUGCCCGCUGGAGCGGCUGCCGUGCCUCAACAGCGGCUUCGGCUGCCCCUUCACCGUCCCCAGGGCCAAGAUGGCGCGGCACCUGGAGUCCUGCCCCGCCAGCAUCCUCUGCUGCACCAUGGAGUGGAACCGCUGGCCCGUCAGCUACGCCGACCGCAAGUCCUACGAGAACCUGAGCAGAGACUUUGACGAGGUGGAGCAGCUGGACAUGGCGCUGGCUCUGCAGGACCAGAGGAUGCUGCUGGAGUCCCUGAAAGUCGCCACCACUGUGUCAAAGAACGGGGACAAGGACGCGGCUGAUGGGGAGAAAAUGAUCACGGCACCGGGGCCGGUGGAGCUGGGGGGCGGAGCCGUGGACAUGGAGGAGGAGCCUUACAGUGAUCUGUGCAGGUCUUCCAUGGAGACCAGCAGGAACCUGGUGGCGGCUCUGGACAUCCUGACCAACUCCGGCAACAUCGACGUGAUCGUUGCAAACCUGAGCGGCGAGAAGGCAGACAGGAACGGCGCCGUCUGUAACGGUGACGGCCUGGGAGCGUACGAGGGCGAGAAGAACGUGGAGAUGCAGGACUCGGACUCGGAGUGCGAGCUGGGCGCCGUGGGCGGAGUCGGCUGUGUGGCGGGAACAGAUGAGGAGGAGCUGAUCUACUGGGAAGAUGAAGGCAAAUUUGUGGAGUUGUGUUUUGAAGAAAAGGAGGACGCCAUCGAGGAGCCGAUCGACGACUCCAGCCUGGUCUGGCCGCAGAUGCCUCCUGACUUCAUGCCCGUUGUGCCACUGGAGGCCCCCGUCCCUCAGCAGGCCCCGCUGGGCCCCCUGGUGCCGUUCCUGCUGCCGGAUCACCUGAGAAGUGACUUCCUGCAGCAGCUGCCCUCCGUCUUCAGGUACCGGUAUCUGGAGCAGCGGCUGCAGAACGUGGAGGUGCUCAGAGGCAUCGGCAUGUUCACCUUGAACGGGCGCCGGGCGCUGCUGUCGGACCCCUACCUGUUCCGAGCCAAGAUGGAGGACAAAGCGGUGGACACGUCGGACCUGGAGGUUCCGGACGACCCCAUGGGGCUCCACGGCAUCGACCUGAUCACCGCCGCCCUGCUCUUCUGCCUGGGCGACUCCCCGGGGGGGAGGGGCAUCUCGGACAGCCGCUUCGUGGACGGGUACCACAUCGACUUCGGCACGCAGACCUUCUCCUUCCCGUCGGCCAUCCUCGCCACCAACACCAUGGUGGGGGACGUGGCCUCCGCUUCGGCCUGCGAUCACGCCAGCCCGCAGCUCUCCAACCCCAGCCCCUUCCACACCCUGCGGCUGGACCUGGUUCUGGAAUGUGUGGCCCGGUACCAAACAAAGCAGCGCUCCAUGUUCACCUUCGUUUGCGGGCAGCUGUUCCGCCGGGACGAGUUCUCGUCGCACUUCAAGAACGUGCACGGGGACAUCCACGCCGGGCUGAACGGCUGGAUGGAGCAGCGCUGCCCUCUGGCCUACUACGGCUGCACCUACUCGCAGCGCCGCUUCUGCCCGUCCACGCAGGGCUUCCGGAUCAUCCACGACCGCCACCUCAGCUCUUUUGGCGUGCGGCCGGUGGGCGCCUCGAGGACGGGAGGCGGCGCCUUCCAGUGCGACCAGUUCAGCGGCCUCCCCUUCGAGGUGCUGCAGCACGUGGCGAGCUUCCUGGACAGCUUCAGCCUGUGCCAGCUGUCCCGGGUGUCCCGCACCAUGAGGGAGGUGUGCGCCAGCCUGCUGCAGAUGCGCGGCAUGGUCGUCCUGCUGUGGGAGAAGAGGCGGCGUGGCGACGGCUCUCCGUCCUGGCAGAUCACGAACAAGGUGUGGCGUUUCAGCACCGCCUUCGGCACCGUCAACGAGUGGAAGUUCGCCAACAUCGCCAGCAUGGCCGACCACCUGAAGACCUGCAAGUUCAACGCGGUGACGCGGCGGGAGGAGGCCAUCCCGCUGCCGUGCAUGUGCUUCACCAGAGAGCUCACCAGGGAGGGGCGCUCGCUGCGCUCCGUUCUCAAGCCCGUGGCGUGACCCGAGGACGCUUAGCGGUUACGUCUAUGCAGAGAACGUCCCUCUGCAAAGAUCAGGUCAGACCUUCAUGCUAACACUCAUCCUCUCUGGAGGAGGGGGCCUUAAGCGAGUGUGGGGGCCAUUCCAGAGCGAGCACGCCGUCGUGGCGUGGAGCUUUGACGGUUCCAAACAUCAGAGCGCUGCCUCCACGGCGGCCGCUAGCCGUCAGCGCUCACGUAGCAUCUUCUGCGGCUGGCGUGCAGGAAGCGUCCGUAAACCCUGCAGGGCAGGCUUCAGGAUGGCGGCGGCUUCACGCCCGUCCAAAGCCCGCCGCCAGAAGAAACGUCAGGGCUGCUGCUGCUGCUUUUAGGUUCAACUUGUGAUUUGCACACGACCGCAUGUCCUGUCGGAGGAGGCGUCCCGGAGCCGACGCGCGUUUGUUUUGUGUGCCAGUUUGAAGAAGCAUUUGAGUGCAGCUGUGGAGCCGUUUGUGUCUCUGCCACUUUGUGUGAUGUUUUUGUAUCUGGAACCGUCAGAAGGGGGUUCUGUUCUGGAGGACAAGUCCCGGUUUCUGCGUGCCGUUUUGAAGUUUCACUCCGGGGAUUUCCCAUCAUUUCACUUUUGGAGAGUUUUAAUAAACACAAAGAUUUUUAAACUG